AUGUCUUUCGUGGUCGACCAUGUGCGUCGAAUAGACAGCCAGCUUGAUCGCUUGCAGCUGUCAAGCACCCACGGCGGAACAAGCGUCUCGACCCUCACCGCAGAAGAAGCCCACGACCCCGCCAAGGCAGCCCGUAUAGCGCAUCUGCAGAACCUGAUCAAAUCGCUCUCCACUACCUCGUCGUCCAAGUCGAGUCUCGUACCUGCGAGCCGCAUAUUGGAAACUCUCGAGCGGGCAGACAUCUCGAGUAGCUGUUCGACGUGUGAACAAUGGUUUGCGCAGGGCAAAAGAAAGGAGGUGGUUAGUUUGGAAAAUAGGGAGGAUGCGAGUUACGAACACGAGCUCGAGUGGUUGCUGAUCAGCAAGGCGACUACGCAGGCGUAUGGCGAGGUUCUGAAUACGAUUCUUGGGCAGACAAUUCCGCUUGAGGACGACAUCUGGUACUGGGACGAUAUAUUGGGCACGUAUCGCUUCACUGGACUUUACUGGAUACAGACGUCGCCUGUACGGCUGUGGGCGUGGUCGUGGGACAUUAUCCAAGAUGUGAGGUCACGGGGCGGACAUACGGCGGAUGGGUGGAGUCAGUUCUAUGGGCUGGUGAAGGACUCAGUGCGGGAGCGCAGUAUUGCGAAUAUCCAGAGACGAGUAGUUAGUCCGUUGGCGCUGGUAAGAAACGAGGGGAGGAGGAAGCGCGCAGUGUUGAGGAAGAUACGUGCUGUCAACGCGAACGCGCUGGGCGUGCUACUAGGGGAAGGCCUUGGUAACGAGAGCAUUCGCGAUGAUGGCGCCCAAACACCAAGCCCCUCUGCUACACAAGACCACAGACACAAAUGGAAGAGCGUCGUGUCAAAGAGCAUUGCUCUUAUGGACGCUGUCAUUCAAAGCGUAAACGCCGCAGAACUUUCAGUUGAGACUUUCGACGACUCCGUUGCCAGUCUGACGCAAGAAGACCAAUAUUACGAACUGCACGAGCCCUCUGGCGAACGAGCAGCGAGUACCCUCAAGCCAGCCGAUGUCACACAACGCCUCCAAUACUUGCUUCGAAAAGCUCUGCCUACCUAUUCUGCAAACUUCAACGCGGUUGUCAAAGAGAAUGGCCGACCGUCUCGUCUCAUCCGCUAUUGGCUUCCCGCUACUGCUCUCCUGAUAUCAUCUACGACAAUAUUCCGCAUCUUCAUUAACCGCAGAGAAGAGAUUCUCACAUGGAUCCGCGAAUUUGGCCAAACAGUUAUCGACUUCUGGCAGAACUGGGUAAUUGAGCCCGCCAAGAAAGUCGUUGGUACUAUCCGUCACGACGAGGACAGCGAGGUCUCCAUUAUGAGCAAACGCAGCCUCGAAGCCGAUCGCGCAAGCCUUGAGCGUAUGGUUGUCGAUUUCGCCGUCAAGAACCCUGAGGGUGCAGCAUUGAACGAAUCGCAGAUUGCUGACAUCAAAGCCAACGUCAGGGAAGGCGACCUGACAACGGUGCUGAGGUCGUAUGAAAAGGAUAUCCAGAGCCCAGUGAAGGGUGCGAUAGUAGGAAACCUUGCCAGCGCACUCUUGAUCCAAGUACAGAAAACCAAAGUCGACGUCGAAGUUGCCAUGAGUGGCAUUGACAGCAUUUUGAAGAGUCAGGAACUACUCUUUGGCUUCAUUGGUCUGACACCUGGCGUGCUCGUCUCUAUUGGCGUAUACAGAUGGCUCAAGGGGGUCUUCAGCAGCCGCAAGGGCGUGCAGCAGUGGGCAAGGCAAGGACAACUUCUGCUUAUUCUGCGCAACAUCGACCGCAUCCUGACCAGCGCCACUCCUAAUGAGUUUGGCGAGCUAUCGUAUAAGGAUCAUGGUAUGCUUGUCUGCGAAGUGCAUCUGCUUCGACAGGCUGCAAGUGGGGUUCUCCCCAGACGCAUAUUCCACGACUUUUUGGUAGAGAUUGACGAGCUGGUGGACGUGAGGAGUGGGUUGGAGAGGCAGCAGAAGGUGGUGGAGCGCAUCCGCGAAGACUCGUUCACGCCGUCAUUCAUCACGACCAUCGGUAUCGACUUCAAGAUCCGGACCAUUGAGCUCGACGGCAAGCGCGUGAAGCUGCAGAUCUGGGAUACCGCCGGCCAGGAGCGCUUCCGCACCAUCACCACAGCCUACUACAGGGGGGCGAUGGGGAUUCUGCUCGUCUACGAUGUCACCGACGAGCGCAGCUUUACCAACAUCCGCACAUGGUUCUCCAACGUCGAGCAACACGCUACCGAGGGCGUCAACAAGAUCCUUAUCGGCAACAAGUGCGACUGGGAAGAGAAGCGUGUCAUCAGCACAGAACGCGGCCAGGCCCUUGCAGACGAACUCGGCAUUCCCUUCCUCGAAGUCAGCGCCAAGAGCAACAUCAACGUCGACAAGGCCUUUUAUUCGCUCGCUGCCGAUAUCAAGACCAGGCUUAUCGAUACUGCGCGGACGGACACGACGCAGGGCCCCAAGGUGGAUGUCAGCGGGGGCGACGGGAACGCGGGGGCGGGCAUGGGAGGGAAGUGCUGUUAG